CCGCGUCCCAUUAGCAGAGCAGAGGGUGCCUGGGAUGAUGGCGGCCGGCGCGGCCCUGGCCUGGGCCCUGUGGCUACUGCUGCCGGCUGUCGGGCUGGGGGCUGGGGGCCCACCGCCCAUCCAGGAUGGUGAAUUCACCUUCCUUCUGCCCGCGGGGAAGAAGCAGUGUUUCUACCAGGCCGCGCCGGCCAACGCGAGUCUGGAGACCGAGUACCAAGUAAUUGGAGGUGCUGGUCUGGACGUAGACUUCACGUUGGAGAGCCCCCAGGGUGUGCUGUUGGUCAGUGAGUCUCGAAAGGCUGAUGGGGUGCACACGGUGGAGCCUACAGAGGCCGGGGACUACAGGCUGUGCUUUGACAACUCCUUCAGCACUAUCUCUGAGAAGCUGGUUUUCUUUGAGCUCAUCUUUGAUAGUCUCUUGGAUGAGGAAGAGGUAGAGGGCUGGGCAGAGGCUGUGGAACCAGAAGAGAUGCUAGAUGUCAAAAUGGAGGACAUCAAGGAAUCCAUUGAGACUAUGAAGACACGGCUAGAACGGAGCAUCCAGAUGCUGACAUUGCUUCGGGCUUUUGAGGCUCGUGAUCGAAACCUGCAAGAGGGCAACCUGGAGCGGGUCAACUUCUGGUCUGCGGUCAACGUGGCUGUGCUGCUGCUGGUGGCUGUCCUACAAGUCUAUACACUAAAGCGCUUUUUCCAGGACAAGCGUCCUGUGCCCACGUAGCCCCUGUGACGGACAAUGAACAAUCAAGCAAACCAGGGCAGGCGGGUGUGACUUGGGGGACAUCCCUCCCAGGUUCUGUGCAGUCAGGUCCUCAGCUGUGGCACCUCGUGUCUUCCUUCUGGGUGGGCAGCAAGUCCUGAUGGCCUGCAGGCCCCCUUGAAAGGGGAUGACCCAGCAGCAGCACCUGUUUUCUGGAAGCUGGAUGUGGUGGGCACUGCGGCCCUUGGGUGCCCUGGUUCCCUCCUCAAACAGUGCCUUAGCUCAACUCAUCCAGCCAGCAAGAUGGGGUUCCCCCUAGAUGGACACUCUCUGAGGCCCAAUGAGGGAGCCCCAUGCCUUUGCUUUGCUCCUGGGUUUGGAUGCGUUAGCCUGUUUUUGUUGUUUUGUUUGUUGUUUUUUUGGUGGUUUCUAAUUGUUUAUGACAAAUAUUCCCCAAUUUACUCUGGGCAGUUCUUUCAAACAAUUCAGUCAGCCUUUGCCAAUCUAAGAAUAGAAUCAUAUGACACCCAAUUCUGUGAAUGGCCCCGCAGAUAACAUAGGUUUCAAACUGGCCAUUAAACUGGCCAGUUACCAUGUCAACCUCAGCCAUUCAUCUGGAUGGAUGCAUGGUUCUUCACACCAGUGAUGCAGUAGCUUGCAGAACAUUUCUGCAGCACAUACAGGUCCACAAAUUUGCCGGCGUCAUUUUGCAUAUGCUGUACCCCUGCUUCCUCCAGGUUCA